CACAAAGGCUCUUUUAAGAGCCGCCUCACUGUCUCACAGAAAGGAGCCCGUCUCCAUCCCCUGCACGGAACACCGUUCUGUUUGAGCUCACGGUUCGAGUGGAGUCGGAGCAGUGAAACAACAGCUGUUAGGACACAGUGGCCAGAGUUCUAGAACUCCUCGCGGUUUGACUGACAGGUUUUUGUCCUUUUAGAUAUUGUGGUGUCUGAGCGCCGCUUCAGUAAUCAGAAGAGGGAAGCAGAAAGUUUUCUCCGCUGCUUGGAAAUGAGCAAAGCACUCCACUGGACACUUUCUCACACGGAGGAGGCCGACGGACGGGUUGCUGGAGCCAGGAUUAAUGCAGGGAAAGCGCCCGUGGAAAGCCAGUCAGAGCUUGAGGAGCGCGGCUGUAAGGAGCUCCUGAACCCGGAGCUGGAGACGGAGACCUACGAGCUGCUGAGGCAGUUGUUCCGCUCUCACACGGGCCUUCCGGUGGAACACAGGCGGAAUAAAGCGCACUCAGCACUGCCGAGUCUGCAGAGAGUGGUGGGGAAAACCAUCUACCGCCACCGCAUCGCAUACACCGGCAUGGUGCGGCAGCUGUUCGACAAGAACAAUAGUCUGGACGGUGUUGGCUCCGUAUUGAGCGGUGUGUUUGACGAUGGCGUGAUUUCUUGGGGACGCAUUGCAAGUGUUCUGGCUCUAGGUGCUGUGGUGUGCGAGUGGCUGAAGCAGGACUGUGUGAAGGAGCAAGUAGACGAGUGUGUGGACAUUGUUGCCUUACAAAUCUCCUCCUACCUCACUACAGACCUGCAGCACUGGUUCAUCAACAACGGCUGGGAUGGUUUUGCGAAGUUCUUUUAUGUUGAGGAUCCCGAGUCCACAGUUUGGAAGGCACUAAUGGCAGUGGCCGGAUUCGGAAUAGGGGCAUGUCUCUUAACGCUGAUGCGAUGAAGUGAGUGGAGGCAGAGGUGGCCACUGUUACUAUGGCCACACUGUUGUCUGUCUUCCUAAGGAAACGAGGACAAAUGUGCUUGUGCUCUUCUGGGCGAUCGCAGAGACACUAAUAAAUCCGUAUGUUUUAUGAAGACUGAGCAAAGUUUAUGUUAAGUUAUGUCACUCAAUACUAUUAUCAGUUUAUAUUCAAAUAAAAUUCCCCUCACCCAGAUAAACUGCCCCUGUCUCCAUGGGGAGGUCACUGCGCUGUCCUGCACAUGGCAGAAUUUCAGCUGUUUAACUUUCAGUGCAAGGUCUGGCAUGGUGAGGGCCCUGAUUGUGUGAGGAAAUUCAGAGCUUUCCUGUUUGGAGAAAGUCUUAGUUUUUUAAAUAAACACUUCAGGCACUGAA